UCUAUAUUUUUUGGGACCUUGGCUUGCACUUGCCCUACUCAGACUCAGUUUCGCCCUCAGUUUGGUUGUGAAUUUUUUUUGGGGGGGGCGGCCUUGCGCUUGCCCCCCCCCAAAAAAAAAAAAAAUAGUUUGCUUGGUUUGUGUUAACUGUUAUUGUAGGCUUUACCAGGAAAAAUAGUUAGGCCAAAGCAACAGAAGCCGGGCCAACUGUUUGAGUUGGUUGGAUGCUCUCUCCUUUUUAGUUUUACUGCUUCAUUCAUAUUCAUUCACCCGAAGUUAUUAGUCUAUUCCUAUCACCUGUACGUAAGAUUUUUUAUACACGCAGGUAAAGGGUCUAAAGCACAAUUAUGUGACCGAUCCGUUAAAAUCGUACACGAGCUAAAUCGCUCGCAACACAUGCUGGUUGUAAAUGUCAAGUUCAUACUCGCAUGAAUUCACGUCACAUACGGUACUUAGUCGAGAGAAAGACUUAUUUAUGUUAAUCUUUAUAUCUUUUCAGUAUGUAUGGUAGUUAUAAUUACCUCUGAUAAUUAUCUUUAUUGCCUUUUACGUCCUUGCUCUGGCUUAGCUUAGCCUUAAUCUUAUCAAUCAUGUGUAAAUCGAGUGAGUCCCUUCCCUUUCACCUUUCGACGUCACUCACCAUGCUCACGUCGCUCCGUUUUCGAAAAAAAAACCAGACCGAUUUUAGAUUAAAAUAUAGAAUAUUGAAGUGACAGUAUCAGGAUGGUUCAAGGAAAGAUCAAAACAAAAGUGCAAGUCCCAGGAAAGGGUAGUCGAAAUAAGCAAAAAUAUGCUCAUCAGAAGAAGAAAGGGCCAAAGAGAGGAGCCAGAUUCAUCGCUCCUAAGAAAGCAAAGCAGAUAGAAGCUGCUAAACUGAAGAAGAAUAUCACAAAGGCAAUCAGCUCUCGGAAUGAGCAAGAAAUCAUUUCCCAGGCUGCCUCUAAAGAACCAAAGAAGCUUUUGGUAGCUGCACCUUCAUCAGGGGGAGGUGAUUCAAAGAAGAAAGGAAAAAAAUGAUCAAGGCAUGAAACUUUUGAAGGAUUGAUGAAUAACGAUCGUGCAUCAAGGACUCUGGGGGAAACUAGAGAGCAGAGAACAGCAUAAUUGGUGUAAAAGAUUUCAGCAAAAUUUUCUUCAAACAAGUAACAUGUGGAUUCAAAACCAGAGAAAUUGAGCAAACAGUGUUUCAUGGAUGGUGAUUGCAGAUACUGGACAUUCAACAAGCUUUCAUAAUAACUCAAGGAGUAGGCAGUUAUGUUGAACUUUGAUGUAAAGAACACUUACAUACUCUGAGAAUCACUCUAGGGGCCAGUUCCACUGAAUUUGUUUAAGCUUAAGCCCUUUUUUUACUCUCCACAUGGAAGUUUUAAUCAGAAAGAAAGAACUUGUGUCAUGGUUGAGUGAGCUUGAUUGGAUUAACAUUCCCUCACAUACCUUUCUCUCUCCCUUAAAUGAAUUUAGUUAAAAACAUGGAGAUCCAAACUUUAAAAAACCCAAAAUUAAAGUGCAUGUAACAUUGUCAGCAUAGAGCCAUAGAUAACAAAAUAACCUAAAUACCAGGAUUAAAAUGCAACUUAAAAAUCUUUUGAAACCAAGGGGGGGUAGCCUCCUGACCAGUAGAAAAGGUGACCACUUUGGUUCUCAACUAUUGGCUUACAUUUUGAAUCCAAAAACUAAAAAUACUCUCAUAUAUGUUAAAGGUCGAGACACUGAAAUCAGUCUCUUCAAACUCAUGUUUAUGCUACUUGUAGGCAAUAUUUCUAAAAGGAAAACAGUUGUUACAAGAACUGUUGAAAAAAAAGUAGAAAUACUGGCUUAACAAUUUUCACUUUUUAAAGAAUCAUUCGCAUAAUAUUAUGUUGAUACUUUCAACCUAUGAAUUGAAUGUACAUAAUAUAUACAGGUACAUGUAACUUUGCUUCUGUCAAAUAUUUUAGGGCCACAGAAAUAUGUUCAACUUUGGAGAAAUUUGACUUGGCAUAAUUCGCAUAGUAUGGUUUCUUAAAAAAAUGCUUCGACUUGGGCGAAUAUUUGACUUAUAGAAGUUUGACGUACUAGGAAGCAAAUUUACCUCUACAUGUACAAAGAACAGCUUGAAAAUGAAAUCACAAAAUAAAUGGAAAAAAAGUAGUGACAUUUCUUGUUUGAGUUAAUUUCAUUAUUUAUUUUUUUUCAUAUUGAAAAUACACAUUAUGCAAGUUGAAAGUUACAUUUACUUCAAUACACAAUAUUUCACAUUAGAUAUUUCAUUACAUAGUAUGUAUCUCAUAAUUACACUAUUUUAUAAAAUCUUUAUUCAGCCUUUGAGGCAAUUAUUCAAGGGCACUAAAAGAUGAAGAAUAUCAAAUAUGUACUCCCUCCUUCAAUACAUGUACAAUAUUUGAUAUUCUUUGAGAAAUUAAGUUGCCUCGGGUCAUAUUGAUAGGCGAAGUUCACUUUAAUGACAAGAUGGUUUCAAUAAAGCCACAAAAAGCACUAAAAAUGAAGGUAGACCGAAAAUCCAUCAAAAAUUACAAAGUUAUUACUUUUAAAAGCUUUGAUUUUGUGAUGUCACAAGACACAAAUAAAUUGCCAUCUUCAGGGAUAAUGAAGAUUGGAUAAUUUAUAGAAGCAUGAAACUGAAUGCACUUCUUUUCUAUGACAAUUGUUUUUCAUGGAAAUUAUGUUUAAAAACCAAUUUUGGGAGCUUUUUGCAUGUGAUGUCAAUACUAACAUUUUAAAUUCCGUAACUGAUAUCAUUUGAUGGAUUUUUGCUGGAGUUAUUGUUCUUUAUAUUCAACCAACUUGAGGCAAGAGGCCCUUUCAGCUCUUUAAAGAAAAAAAGAAUGUGUAUCCAGUGAUAAAACUUAUGAAUCCCUUCAGAAGUAAUACGUAUGGAUGUUUUAGGACAGCAUACCUGCUAGUUUAACCCCAGCAAUAAAUAGGCUAUAUACCAGUACAUAAUGAAGUUGUAUCUGCUGUAACUUACAUUGGACAUACUUAAACAGCAAUUCAAUGUUGGUAAUGAUAAAAUUUGUGUGAAAGCAGAUCAAGAAAAACAAUCGUAUUUGUCUAAGAGAAAUUGACCAGGAAUGAAACAAAUUAAGGAUAAUUAAAUCAAGCUGUUGCCAUACAUGUACUUUAAAUUUAUUAAUAUUACCCAUUCCACAUAUGAAAAUAAAUUACAAAAAUUUAGGGUAGCUAUAUUGAUGUCCACAUUUCAUACAUUAUAUAAUCUUUCAGUGUCCUUACUUUAGAAUAACAAGAUCUUCAAAUAUAUCCUGUAAUAUACAUUUCAUUUAAUUAAAAGUAUUCCUUUCAUGAAAACAAGGUAUUGACUUUGCUCAUAGUCAUAGGAUUAAAUAUAAUUGAUUGUCAUGUGCUAACAAGUUUCUAGCUAAAGGGAAAUACAUUAAUUCUAACAUUCUUGGCCUUGACUCACUUCACUCCUUUAAUUUAUGAUUUUUUUUUAUUUACACAUCUGCAAAAA